AUGCUGCAGAUCCGCGCUGUGCCUCAGCCGUGGCUCUGGCACUGCCCACGCCGUGAGGGAUGUGCUGGGGGCACGCAUGUGGCGUGGGUGGGCUUGCUCCCUGCCGUUGCACAGCCCUGCACCGUCUGCGAGCAGGUUCACCUUCACCUGCUUUUUAAAACACAGGAGAAGGAAGAGGUUGUCAUCUUCUGGGCUGGUUUCAGCCUCACCCUCAGUGAAGGUCCACCAAUUUUAGAUAACUUGAAGGAGGAGAAAUAUAAUUUACAUGUCCAGCCUGCAGAUACACCAGUAGCUGCAAGAACAUCUCUGAAUUACUGGAGAACACGAAAAUGUACCAGCAAGCUCUCAGCGAUUCCUCCCAACAGUCCAGCCUUCACAGGGUUACAUGAAAGAGCUCCCCUAGGGCUAGUGGAUGCACCUUUACUAGAUACGGAAGACGAAGUGAAUUACUGUUUUUUGCCACUAGAUUUAGUGGCAAAAUAUCCUGUACUAGUUAAUGAUGACAAUUUGCUGUGGCUGCUUGAGAAUGCAGCCCUGAUCGAGUGCGAGUGCAGUGACUUCCGCUUCAUAGUUAAUUUUCUUCGCUCAAAGAAGAUGUUGUUGCCUGAUGACUUCUCCAACAUAGAUGCCUUGGAAGAAGAAGUUUUAAUUCUGGGAAUUCCUGAGCUUAUAGAUGCUGUGAAGAUCUAUAGAGGCGGCUGCUCCACGGAGGCCGGGGGGCAGCGAAAGGCGACGGCGUCAGCGUCGGGGGGGUCCCCGCUCUACGCCAUGGCACUGGGGCUGCUAGCCAACUACCCGGAUUCAGCUCUGGGCCAGCUCUGUGUGGGCAGCGACCUGGGCAGGAGCCGCCUGCACCUCUCUGGCGAUGGCAUCCUCUUCCAGCAUGCCAGGAAUUGGCUGGGAACUUGCCGACUUCCUCUCACUGAAAAUAUUUCUGAAAUCGAAGAGCUCUGUGCUUAUUUGGACAAAAGGGACACCACAUACGAGCCAAUGAAAGAUGCUUUAAAAUGCUAUCUGAAACAACAGAUGCCAGCAGAGAGCAGAGAUUAUAACGCAGCCUGGACGGCAGAAGUAUCCGUGUGCUCGCUGCAUCAGACUGUGAAAGUUUAUGUGGGGAGUAACUGGUAUGAAACGUGCUUACAGACUUUACUGAAGUAUCCAGAGCUGUUGUCAAAUGACAAGAAAGUCUGUUGGAUCACAUAUGGUCAAAGUCUUCUAAUCCAUGGAGAUGGGCAAAUGUUUCGACACGUUCUCAACUUUCUAAGACUUGGGAAAUUGGUUUUGCCAGCUGAAUUUAAAGAAUGGCCUCUCUUUUGCCAAGAAGCAGAGGAGUACCAGAUCCCUUCUCUUUUAGAGGCACUUUACCACUCUGAUGCAUACAGAUUAUGGAUCCACAACAAUGAAUUGCACAAUGAAGUUUCUUUUCCAUGCAGAAGGUUAAGUAUUGUGUCUUGGAAUGAAGAGCAUGAGUUCAGCAAAGAUCCAAAAGAAGUGUACUCAUGUACAGCUGUGGAUUCCAGUAAAUGCUACAUAAAUACAUGGAGUAAUAUAAAAGAGCUGAAGGGAAAGCACGGUACCAGUGCAGAGAAGACCAAGUAUUCCCGAAUGGUUUCACAGGUGAGAGGGACAAAGCGGAGGAACACACUCGGAGGCUACGACGCAUCCUCGGCCAGCCCGGUAAACUCCAGCUAUGACAAACAUCUGGUAAGCCCUCCAAGGAAGAGAGGAUCGAGCAGCAGCUUAACAAAGAAAGUAGAAAAUAAAGACUCAGCGAGUCACAUCCAGAAAUUAAUUUCCCUGGUGAAGGAAUGGGAGGCGGUGAGCUCCAAGAGGGGUGAUUGUCAGCACAUGAGAACGUCCGACGGUUGUAUCGCAGAGAGUGUAUCUCGGUGCAACGCCCCUGGAAAGGACAGAGGUGUCAAAGCUCCUAUCGCCUCUUCUCCUGGGAAAAUAAGCUUUAUAGUUCAAGGAAACAAUCACAUUACCCAAAACGAAGUCGGGGCUGCAGGAAAGCAGCCGGAGCAAUACGUGUUGGCACGGAGUUUGCCGGUUGCCCCAAGGGCUGGAACGUAUCGAUUCAGCGCCAUAAAAGCGACUCCCACAGUCGGAAACGAUGUGGAGAAUAUAAACAGGGAGCAACCAGAAGGAAGUUUUUCCAGUGAAGGAAGAGGCAAGACCUUGCAAAUGAAACUCGUCCCUCUAAAAGACAAAACUGGGGACAGCGAACACACCGACCUCGUUCUGGCAGACCACAGCAACGUAGGAUUGAUUCUUAAAGUCGACCAUCCUCCGGUUUUAGGCAGCGAUGGCUUUCGUGCGUGCAAUGAAGCGAGCGUUGUUUAUAGCACUCAGCUGGAUGGCAGCGGGCUGGAUACGCCGAAGGCUCGAGCACUGUCCAAAGAUGUAGUUUUUCUUACCUUUCCUCUCUCGCAUGAGGAGAUAUUCUACGCCAGGAAGUGCCACUUUUUCCUGACGGAUGUCAUCCUAGACUCCGUAAGGCAGAAGGAUCCCGAAGAAAUCACAGCCAAAGUCGGGACCCUUGUGAACAGGCUGUGGACUCAGCAGAUCGCACCCAGGGAGUUCGUUUCUGAUUUACUGAACGUGGAAUAUUUUAAAGGGGACAGAAACGUUCACCGGGAGCUACUGCAGUGGGUGGAAUUCACCCUGCCCCUCGCGUGGAAGUACAGCCGCUGCCUCGACUUACUGAUCCGGAGAGGCUUUGCAAGAUCGGUCUCAUACUUUGCCUUGGAAAUCUCUGCGGAGGAGAGCUGACGCUUCUCAUCAUGGGAACUCAAGCGAAUCGCCCUCCCUUUCAUCCUGUCUAACAACCUGAUUAAACCAACAUCAUUUCCAUCCCCCACCAGUAUUCUGAGAGAGAAUUUAG